AUAAAGAACUGCCCGUAAUAUGCAGAAACUGUUCCUCGCCUGUCUGUCCAUGUCUGUCCCGCCUCCCAACCCUGCCAGGAGCAGAGGCAGGCUGAGGGGUCCUCGUGGGUCUCCUUGCUCAGUCACUUAGAGCGGGGUUGGCUUCUUGAAGCUCGGGCCUUGCUUUGGGAGUGUGGCUUGAUGGAAAGCCCUGACUCCCACCCUCACUCCACCCGCUUCCCUGGCCCCGGCACCCAGAGACCUGCAACUUCAUCCUUCUGGCCCUUCCAGGCCGAGGCCACUCAGCCCUGCCAUUGCCUUCUUUUUCCUUUCUUUUUUUGAGUGUCAGUCUUUCCAGCCACCCCCUCCCUCUCAGGGAGGUGCCUCAUGGCAGCCCGCCCCUCCGGCCUGGUUUCCUCAGGAAAAGCCCUGAGAGGAAGCAAGGAGGGGGUUGGGAGCUGUGGGGGCCAGAUGAACCCGAGCCCUCCCACCGCGCCGGCUGCCAUGGGGCUGGGACUGCUGCUCCCGCUGCUGCUGCUCUGGACUCGGGGGACUCAGGGGUCUGAGCUGGACCCCAAUGGGCAGCACGUCUGUGUGGCCAGCAGCCCCUCUGCUGAGCUGCAGUGCUGCGCAGGCUGGAGGCAGAAGGAUCAAGAAUGCACCAUCCCCAUCUGUGAGGGGCCGGAUGCCUGCCAGAAAGAUGAGGUGUGUGUGAAGCCAGGCCUCUGUCGAUGCAAACCUGGAUUCUUUGGGGCCUACUGCAGCUCCCGCUGCCCGGGCCAGUACUGGGGCCCCGACUGCCGUGAGAACUGCCCCUGCCACCCUCACGGCCAGUGUGAGCCAGCCACGGGCGCGUGCCAGUGCCAGGCCCACCGCUGGGGCGCCCACUGCGAGUUCUCGUGCACCUGCGGCCCCCACGGGCGCUGCGACCCCGCGACCGGCGUGUGCCGCUGCGAGCCGGGCUGGUGGUCGCCCACGUGCCACCGCCCGUGCCAGUGCAAGCCCGAGGCGGCGCGCUGCGAGCAGGCCACGGGCGCCUGCGUGUGCAAGCCGGGCUGGUGGGGGCGCCGCUGCAGUUUCCGCUGCAGCUGCCACGGCUCCCCGUGCGACCAGGACUCGGGCCGCUGCGCCUGCCGGCCGGGCUGGUGGGGUCCCGAGUGCCGGCAGCAGUGCGAGUGUGUGCGGGGCCGCUGCAGUGCCGCCUCCGGCCAGUGCACCUGCCCGCCCGGCUUCCGCGGAGCGCGCUGCGAGCUGCCUUGCCCAGCUGGUAGCCACGGGGUGCAGUGCGCACACAGCUGUGGCCACUGCAAGCACAAUGAGCCGUGCUCUCCAGACACAGGGAGCUGUGAGUCCUGCGAGCCGGGCUGGAACGGAACCCAGUGCCAACAGCCCUGCCUGCCUGGCACCUUUGGCGAGAGCUGCGGACAGCAGUGCUCUCACUGCCGACGUGGGGAGGUCUGUCAGCCAGAUACUGGCCACUGUCAGCGCUGUGACCCUGGCUGGCUGGGGCCCAGGUGUGAAGACCCCUGCCCCACUGGCACCUUUGGGGAAGACUGCGGCUCCACCUGCCCCACCUGUGUUCAGGGGGCCUGUGACGCUGUGACAGGGGAAUGUGUCUGCAGUGCCGGCUACUGGGGGCCCAGCUGCAACACCUCCUGCCCGGCCGGCUUCCAUGGAAACAACUGCUCAGUUCCCUGUGAAUGCCCAGAGGGACCCUGCCACCCUGUCUCCGGGUCCUGCCAGCCGGGCUCUCGCAGUCGGGACGCCACCCUUAUCGCAAGCAGCCUUGUGCCUCUGCUGCUGCUGUUCCUGGGCCUCGCCUGCUGUGCCUGCUGCUGCUGGGCCACCCGGUCAGACCUCAAGGACAGGCCAGCAAGAGAUAGAGCUACCGUGUCCAGGAUGAAGAUGCAGGUCUGGGGAACACUGACCAGCUUAGGCUCCACACUGCCCUGCGGUUCCCUCAGCUCCCACAAGCUACCCUGGGUGACAGUUUCACAUCACGACCCGGAGGUCCCCUUCAACCACAGCUUCAUCGAGCCACCCUCUGCCGGCUGGGCCUCUGAUGACUCCUUCUCAUCCGAUCCUGAGUCUGCAGAGGCAGAUGAGGUUCCCGCCUACUGUGUGCCACCCCACGAAGGGAUGGUCCCUGUGGCCCAGGCAGAGUCGUCAGAGGCCAGCCUGGCUGGAGGUGCUUUCCCGCCCCCUGAGGACGCCUCCACGCCAUUCGCCAUCCCGCGCACCUCCAGUCUAGCUCGGGCCAAGCGGCCAUCGGUCUCCUUUGCUGAAGGUACCAAGUUUGCACCACAGAGUCGCCGAGGCUCAGGGGAGCUCUCCAGCCCGCUCCGAAAGCCCAAGAGGCUCUCCCGGGGGGCACAAUCAGGUCCUGAGGGCCGGGAAGCCGAAGAGUCCACAGGCCUGGAGGAAGCAGAAACAGAUGAGGCCCUUCCUGCGGCUGCCAGUCCAGGAGAUUCAGCCACUGGCCACCGACGGCCCCCACUUGGUGGCCGGACAGUGGCUGAGCACGUGGAAGCCAUUGAGGGCAGUGUCCAGGAGAGCUCAGGCCCUGUGACCACGGUCUACAUGCUGGUGGGGACGCCCCGGGGAUCUGAAGGCCCUGUCCGCUCUGUCUUCCGCCAUUUUGGUGGCUUUCAGAAAGGCCAGGCAGAACCCAAGGUCAAGAGGGCCAUCCCUAAGCCUCCACGCCAGGCCCUGAAUCGGAAAAAGGGCAGCCCUGGCCUGGCCUCUGGCUCUGUCAGCCAGAGCCCCAACUCAGCCCCAAAAGCUGGGCUUCCUGGGGCCACAGGGCCUAUGGCAGUCAGACCAGAGGAAGUGGCCCGGGGGCUGGGGGCAGGCACGGAGAGUUCAGGGAGGGCCCAGGAGCCAGUCUCUGGGGCUGGCUUCCCGAAACAGGAUCCUCAGAAGCAGGCUGAAGAGGAAAGGCAGGAGGAACCUGAGUAUGAGAAUGUUGUACCCAUCUCCAGGCCACCAGAACCCUGAUGACCUUGAAUUUGGGGAGUGAGGAGACUGGAUGGGAUCAGAGCUUCCAUGGACUGGACUGUGCUGUGUGCUGGAAAAUGAUCCCAGGGCCCGGACAGACAGACCAGAGCCUCUGCCCCUCCACAGGGAAAAGGCAAGGCUUCCGGCCCAGGUGGCCCAGGUCCCUGGUGGUGCUCCCAGAGGGGGCCUGGAAGGCCUGGGCAGAGACCCUGCAGGAUGGGGUCAGGAAGGGUUAACUGCAGUGACUUCUCCUGUGCUGUCCUGGACCCUGUGUGCCUCGUAAGGGCUAUUCUUUCUUUCAUGUGCAAAACAUUUUUCUGAAAUGACAACCUACACGUUUGCUGAUAAAAGAUUGGCUAAACAAAUA